CUGAGCAGCAGCAGCACAGAGCAAAAAAGUAAAACAAAAGAAAAAAAUUACAAGAUUGGGUGCGAUAUUCGAUUUUCGUUCGUUCUUCUGCUGCAUUUUCACAUUUCGCGUUUAAGCCGUUGUCAUUACACUCGUGCAGCGGAGCGCCCAGUCAUAGCACCCACAGUAGCAGCAGCCGCAGUCGCAGCCGCAGCCGCAGCAGCAGCAGCAGUAAUCAGCAUUGCAUUCGCUUUCGCUCUGCAUGCACACAACCCCCCACACCCCCCGCCCACACAGAGCAACGCCUUCGUCCCUGUGCCCAUUCAAGUGUUGUUCCUGCCAACAAGCCAACUGCUUGCCCAGCCAGUGUCCAGUGACCAGAUCGAACGAUUUCCCCGGAAUACUGACUAAGCAGAGCGGCAGCCCCCCCACCCCUUAGCCCGCUCUGCAGCAUAUCCGCUUACAAACAAGAAGCGACCCGACGCUGGACACCCGACCCAGGCAGGCCACAGGCAGAGUCAUCCACUGGCGUAAUUGUGGAAGGUGGAAGCAAUAGAGAUGCAGUAUAGGCCACCAUGGGUUCGCAGACCUUGGAGAUACUGCGCCAGGGCGUGUGGGCCUCACUGACCGGUGGCUACUUCUACGAUCCGCAUCAGGGUGUCUUCUGCAACGUGGUCCACCUGUAUCUAUGGCUGUAUCUGGUCUGUUCGCCCUUUGUGGCGUACUUGUAUUUCCCUAGCACUUGGCUGACAUGGUGCCUGUAUUGUGUCAUCACCAGUCUCACCAUUCUCAUGGUGAAGCUGGCCAACUUGGCGCUGCAUCGCCUGUACGAUCGUGCACAGACCAUGUCCGAGGUGAAUCUCAAGAGUCAGUUCUUCAAGGUAACCAAAGAGACGGAGCCGCGCCACGACGACGAGGGUGGCAUCGAAAUGAAGGUCAUACGACCGGGCGGCUCCCGCAUCUCCGUCGAGCAAGCCAUCAACGAGGCCAGCGAGGAGAACAGCAUCAUGUCCAUAGACAAUGGGAACAGCAUAAUUGAUCUCAAGGUCGAUGUGCAUCGCAAGAACAGCUCCGAGUCCAUUGAGCUGAUGUUCUAUGCCCCCUCCAUGCUGUCCGGUGGCAGCCAGCAGGAUCAGCAAUCGCUGGCGGGCUCGGCCAGCGUCACCAAAUCAAUCCGAAGCGCCAGCGCUGCGACCAGUGCCGCUGUGCAGGCCGAUCUCUUUAGCAAAUAUCUCACCGUCUAUCCGGAGGUGGUGGAGGCAGCGGCCGGCAGCAGCGCGGGCAGCGCCAGCAGCGGCAACGACAGCAGCAGCCAGCUGCCACGUUCCGUGGCUGUCACCGCACCCACCAGCAUACGCACCGGGCAUCUCUCGCGCAAGUGCUCGGAGGUGUUUAGUCGUCGCCAUCGGCGCCGGCUGGAGCGGCAGAGCAGCCUGGAUGCAGCGGCAGCAGCUGCCACCGCCAGCAACCACGAUCACCGGCUGAUGCGGAACCAAUCGGACACGAUAGCCACGACGCCGGCCCAAUCGUUUCUGCACUCACAGCCAGGGGGCAAGGCGCGUGGCUCGGCCAGUUCGCGUCAGCAUUUUAUAGCCAGCACACCAGCGGGCGCGGGCGCGAGCGCUGCGGGAGAGCCAACUGCCGCUGGUGGCUCCUCCUCUGCUGUGGUGGUGAUUGCGCCCAGCUCCAAUCCCACGCCAGGUCGCUCCUCGCGCCUGCAGCGGCAUCGCAGCUCCGAGACGCACGAUGAGCGGCAGAAGCAUCAAAGCCAUCAGAGCCAUCGCGGCAGCCUGCUGCAGUCGAUACUCCAUCAUCCGCACCAUCCGCAUCAUCAGAAUGCAGCCAGCAGCAUUGGCGCUUUGGCUGUAAUCGGAGGGAAUAGUGGCCCAAACGAUGUGGAGGACAUGGAGCUGGGCCUGGCGCGACACUCGGGCAGCGGCGGUGUGUCCGAUGCGUGCACGCGUGCCCUGCAAUCAUGGAUAUUGGAUUCCUCGUCGGAUGUUUACCUGGAGGAUGAUAGCUAUACCAAAUCGGACCUGGGCAUUGAGCAGCCGCACCUGCCGACAUUCCGGCGCUCGCAUCUGUACCAUGGCUACUACCAUUAUCAUCAUCUGAAUCAUCAUUUGGGCGGCGGUGGUCCCAUCAUACGCAAGGAUCCCACGAGCACCAUGUCCGCGCUGCAGCUGGCGCCGGAUCCAGCGCGAGCUUCUGGCGGAUCUGGAGCUGCCGCUGCGGCUGCGGCUGCGGCUGCUGCUUCCACUUCGGGGGGCAUCAAGGAGCGACGCAGACAUUCCAAUGCCACCAGCUAUCAUCACAAAUACAGCGGACAAGCGUCGGCCUCCAAGUCAGCUCUGCUCGCGGGUGGCACAGGCGCGGGAGCUGGUCCCUCCUCAGCAGGCGGAACUGCCGCAGCAGCAGGACCCAGCUCCGGGGGCGUUCGGCGCAUCAAAAGCACCGCCCUGGAGGUGCUCUGCCAGCAGCCGUCGGUGUCCAAUUUGAGUCCGCAUCCGAACAGCGUGGAGGCCAUCUCGGGGCAGCAGCAAAUGCGAAAUCCACUGCCACCGCCCAGCAAGAGUCUCGUGCGGAAUCAGCACCUGAAUCUGUACAGCUCCCAGGGCUAUGCGGAGCCAGGAGGACCAGCAGCAGCAGCAGCAGCAGGUGGACCCCCCGCAGCCGGCAGCACCUGCAGCAGCCUCUUCUUUGGCAGCUCCAGCGCCUGUGGCUCCACCACAGCGCUGCUGUCCAGCGAUCCGCCGGUCUAUCCCAUUGUGGAGCAUGCCGAAAACGCCGAGAGAAAUGGCAACGAGGAGCAGCAGCAGCAGCAGCACGGACUGGGACUGGGACAUGGCCAUGGGAAUGCCGAAUGCGAUGACGAUGAGCUGGACGAUGUGCCCAUACGGAGGCGCACGCGCGCCCUGGGCUGCAGUCAGACGCAUCGCAGCGCGGAGUCGGAUGUGGGUGGCAUUCUGGCGGACGACGACGACGAUGUCUUCAAGGAUUUCGAUGAUAAUCUGGAGCACAUACUCACGGAGCUGCAGCAGACGCACAGCCAGCUGGAUGAUCAUCUCAAGGGGUGUGACCCGCAGCAGCACCACCACCACCACCACCAUCAUCAUCAUCAUCAGCAUCAGCAUCAUUUCCAGCGCAAACUGCAGCCAGCGGAGGGAGCUGCCGCCGCCACUGCAACUGCUGCUGGCGAUGAUGAUGAUGAGGAAACGGACAACAACACAGGCUCGAGGUCACCGCUGCUCAGCGAUCGCAACCGGCAGCAGGCAACGCUGCGGGAGAUUGUCGCAGAUAAAAUAUUACGCCAAGAGCUGAGCCAGCCGGCAGCUGCACCCCUGCCGCCCAUACGCAGCGAGGCGGACUCGGGCUGUCCCUCCAGCGACUGCGAGCAGGUGAGUGCCAGCUCGAAGGAUCAGCUGCUGGAGCAUCAGUCGCAGAGUGUCCUGCAGCUGGACGAGGAGCAGCCGUGCACCUCCAAGAUGGCAGCCAAGAGUCUGGGCGCCAUUCCGAAAGUCGUCAAGUAUCGGGAAGUGGACGAGCUGCGACGACGCCGACACGUGGGACUGAACUCCGCGGAGCAGCAGGACGGCGGCGCGUGCAACGAACUGGCGCUGGUCAAGGCCCAGUCCAAGCUGCAGGCGAGCCACGGCAAUUCCCGGAACUCCUCGUCCUCGAACUCAACGCACAGCAUCAGCCUGACGGACAGCCUCACGGCGGACAUACACAAAAUGCUCUGGCUGAUGCACGGCGGCGCCGUGGACGAGCGCGGGCGACCCAUUGCUGGGAUCUCCUCGGACGGCACGCCCAUACCUGCCAGCAGCAGCCUCGUGCCACCGAACAUGUCCAGCGCACACUUUCAGUUCUAUCAGGAUGCGAUCCAGGCGCUGCAGGGCACCUACCCGGCGGCCAGCUCCGUGGAGCACAUGACGCACAUUGAGCGGGCGCUGGCGCGGGACAAGCUCCGGCUCGAUGCGAAGCUCAUGUGCGAGCAGCUGGCAGCCGCUGCUGAGGCCAAUUCCCACUCGCACUCCCACACGCAGGUGACAAAUGGAACAGCAUCCGCGGGGAAUACGCUGGGCAUGCUUAUGGGUGGAGCUGCAGGUGGAGCUGGAGGUGGAGGUGCCUCGUCGCGUCAUGCCUCCAGCGCUGCCUUCUCCGUGCAGGGACUAAUCAAUGUGAUACGCAGCGAUGCGCUGCAGCAGCUGCACGACGCCGUCGCAGCCAAUGCGAGUCUCCACGAAGCUGCCGCGCAGACAGCAGCAGCCGGAGGAGGUGCAGGUGGAGGUGGAGGUGGAGGUGUAUCAGCAGGAGGAGCAACUGGUGGCAGUGGAGUGCUGCAGGCACUUGGCCUGGCCAAUCAUCCCAGCAAUCAAAUCAGCCACAUUGGCGGCCACAUGAGCCAGCCCAUGCUGAAUGUCGACGGGCACUUUGCGCCCUACUGCGACUACUGGCGACCCGCGUGUCUGCUCUCCGCGGCGGAGAAGCCAGCGGCGCCCAAGAGCUUCUACAAAUAUCGCUUCAAUUGGUUCGGGCAAGAGCGCGAGUUCAAGAUUGCCAUGGAUCGACUGGAGCUGCUGGCGCUCUUCGAUCGGGAUCUGCACUGGCUGCACGUGCUGCUGGCCAGUGUGCUGUGCACCCUGGUGGCCUGCCUGGGCGCUGCCAUCCUGCAGCACGAUCACUACAAGGAUCUCUGUGCGCUGCUCUUCUGCUCGGUCAUCGCGGGAGCUCAGUAUUCGCUGGUGAAGAGCGUCCAGCCGGAUGCUGCCUCGCCCGUGCAUGGCUUCAACAAAACGGUGGCCUACUCGCGGGCCAUUUACUUUUGCCUGUGCGGUGGCCUGUUGCUGCUGCUCAAACGCCUCGACACGGACUAUGCCGCCCGACCGCCCGAGGCGUUGACCUUCUUUGGGGUUCAUUACUCGCCCGCUGAUCUGGUGGGCCUGCUGCUGCAGGCGCUGUACGUGCUGCUGCUCUGCUUCCCCAUCAUCUUCUCGGUGGGCUUGUGUCCGCAGAUCAACACCUUCCUCAUGUAUCUCCUCGAGCAGAUUGACAUGCAUGUCUUUGGUGGGAAUGCGGCGAGCAGUUUGUUGGGUUCAUUUCUGUGCAUUUUGCGCUCUGUUUUGGCUUUGAUGCUGCUCUAUGGACCGCUCUAUGGUGCGCUGGAUGAGCAGCGUGGCACGCAGUACAUUUUGUUCUCAAUAUUCUGCGCCAUGCUCAUCCCUUUGGGCUAUCAUUUGUCGCGCUGUGCCAGCGAUUUUAGUCACUUGUGGCGCCUCAUCAAGACGUGCAUUGUGAGCACAUAUCGCGACGAUGAUGACGAGGACAACGACGGCCAGGCGGAUGAGCUGAGUCAUGUACAAACGGCAGCGGCAGCGGUAGCGGCAGCGGCUGCACCUGCACCUGCACCAACACCCACCAUUCAGCUGGCCACCAGCACGCCCAAGCGUAAGCGUCAGUCUGCCAAGGAGCCGCUGCAGGAGCACAUAGAGCUGAGCACGCUCGACAAGCAGCAGCCGCAGGAGGAGGACCAGGAGCAGGAGCAGGAGCUGCAGAUGCAGAGCAAGUCGAAAGCCUCCUCGCUGGGCAGCAGCAGCAAGCGUGCCAUCACCGCCUCCAGCUCGUGCGCCUCGCUGGCAGUUGGCCAAGAGGCGGAACCAGGGGCAGAAGCUGACACUGGGGAGGGCCAAACACUGGAGUUGCAGCACGAGCACGAGUCAAAGUUGGAGGAGACUGAGACUGAGACGCCCGCAGACAUGGCCACAGGCAGGGAGGCGGAGGCAGACGAUGCAGAGGAGCAGCAGCAGCAGCAGCAAACGGAGGCCACCAGCGGCAGGAGCAGCAGCAGCAGCAGCAGCAGCAGCGGCGGCGGCACAAACAGAAGCAAUCGAAGCAACAGCAACAGCAGCGACAGUGCCAGUGCCACAGGCAGCAACAGCGGCAACGAUCUGCCCGAUCCGCUGCCCAGGAAACUGCAGGCAACCGUGACAACCCGACUGAAGAACGAUCUGGUGGUGAUGACGCUGCUGGGCGUCAGUGUGCUCGGACUGCACUGCAGCACAGUCUUCACGGUGCUCCAGCCAGACCUCAAUGUGGUCCUGUACGUGUUCAUUGGCGUCUUGGGCUUCCUGCUGCACUAUGCCGUGCCGCAGAUGCGCAAGCACAUGCCGUGGCUGUGCUUUGCACGGCCCUUGCUGCGACAGCGCGAGUUCGGGCAGUUCGAGGUCACAAACGCACCGAAGAUAAUGUGGUUCGAGAAGCUCUACAUUUACCUGAGUGUGCUCGAGCGGAAUGUGCUGUUCCCGCUGCUGGCCAUCUCAUCGCUGACCGCCGACUCGCAGCUGAUUGUGGCGAAGUUUGGCCUGCCCUGGGGCACGCUCAUCGUUGCCAUUUGUGCGCUCAAGUUUGUGCGAAAUGCUUACUCGGAUCCAACCAACCAAUAUUUAAUCAUCAUCUUUACGGUGCUGCUGUUCCGCAUUGACUUCGCCAUGGCCACAGAGACCUUCAUUAUUGAUUACUUCUUCGUUUCGCUGGCCUUUCGCAAGUGCUGUGACUUCUUGCUCAAGCUUCAGUUUAUUGUCACCUACAUUGCACCCUGGCAAAUCACUUGGGGCUCCGCUUUCCAUGCCUUUGCGCAGCCCUUCAGUGUGCCCCACUCGGCGAUGCUGUUCCUGCAGGCGGGCAUCUCCGCGCUGCUGUCGACGCCGCUCAAUCCGUUCCUCGGCAGCGCCAUCUUCCUCACCUCGUACGUGCGUCCCAUCAAGUUCUGGGAGCGGGACUACAACACGCGACGCAUCGAUCACUCGAACACGCGUCUCAGCUCGCAGCUGGAGCGGGACCUGGGCGCUGAUGAUAACAAUUUGAAUAGCAUUUUCUAUGAGCACCUGACGCGCUCCCUGCAGCAUUCCCUCUGCGGCGAUUUGCUCAUGGGUCGCUGGGGAAAUGUGAAUCAAGGCGAUUGCUUUGUUCUCGCUUCGGAUGAUCUCAACUGUUUGGUGCACAUCAUCGAGCUGGGCAAUGGUCUGUGCACGUUCCAGAUGCGCGGCCUGGAGUUCCGCGGCACCUACUGCCAGCAGCGUGAGGUGGAAGCCAUCACGGAGGAUGUGGAGGACAACGAUGGCUGCUGCUGCUGCGAUCCGGGACAUUUGCCGCGUCUGCUCAGCGCCAAUGCCAUGUUCUCGACCCGCUGGCUCGCCUGGCAAGUGGUCGCCGCGCAGUACGUCAUCGAGGGUUAUUCCAUAUCGGAUAAUCUGGCCAGCGCCACGCUGCAAGUGUUUGAGUAUCGCAAGGUGCUCAUCACGUACUACAUCAAGAGCAUUAUCUACUAUGUGGUGAGGAAUCCCAAGCUGGAGCAGUGGCUCUCCUCGGGCCCCAUCCAGGAUGCGCUGCAGCACACGCUCGGACGGCAGUUUGUGGAUCUUGAUCCUGUUUUCAACUUUAACUUGGAUGAGGACUUUGACUUUCGUGCCGUUGGCAUUACGCGCUCGAGCUUCUGUUACGUUUAUCUCAAGUGGAUUAACUAUUGCGUGGAUAUGCGACGGGAUGCAGCAUCAUCGAUGGCCGCGGCGCAGGCGGCAGCCACCCAACCCACCACACCAGCAGCAACAGCAACAGCAACAGCAGCAGCAGCGCAGGCAGCGUCCCAAGCGAACUCCACACCUGCCCACAAUGACUCCAAGAGCACACCGAAUCUCUCUGCGCACGGUGGCUCGGGGGGCACAGGCAGCGGCCAGUCCAAGUCGCAGUCGCAGCAGCAGCUGCGCAGCGGUGGCAGGAACCAAAAGAAUUCCACCCCGCAGGAUGGUGGAGCAGCUGGAACUGGAACUGGAGCCGGAGCCGGAACUGGAACUGGAACCACGGCAAGUGCCGCCGCAGCAGCGGGCAUCGCUGCCGAACAGCUGAGUGGUUCGCACAGCUUUGCCAACAUUUCGCGCCAGACAUCAGAGAGUGCGCCCGGCUUGGGUGGCUACGUGACGUACAGAGACCAAAAUGUGUUUGUCAAGCUAGCCAAGACAACAACCGCGAGCACAGGACUGCAGGGAGGAGGAGGAGGAGGAGGAGGAGCAGCUGGAGGAGGAAAAACGCUGCGCAAGGAGGACUCCAUGACGGCAGAGAGGGAGCGGGCUGUGCCGCCGCUCAAGCUGAAGCUGGCCAGCGUGGGCAAGGAUGCGCCGCUGGUGUCGCUGUGCCUGGCGCUGGGCCUGCUGGCGCGUCGCUCCCUGGCCACCGCCUCGCACAGCUCCAUGUCGGGCGUGGAGUUCUUUCUGCACGGCUUGCACGCGCUCUUCAAGGGCGACUUUCGGAUCACAUCGCCGCGCGACGAAUGGGUCUUUGCGGACAUGGAACUGCUGCAUUCGGUGGUGGCGCCAGCAGUGAAAAUGGCCCUGAAACUCCAACAGGAUCACAUAACGAACCCCGACGAGUUCCUCGAUCCGCACGCGCUCUACGACGCCAUCGACAACUGCUCCAAGGAGCUGGUCAUCUCACACGAAGCAGAUCCCGUGUGGCGCAGCGCUGUGCUGCGUGGAGCGCCCAAUCUGCUCGCCCUGCGUCACGUCAUGGAGGAUGGCUCCGAUGAGUAUCGCAUCAUCAGGCUAACGAAACGUUUCCUCAGCUUCCGCGUGAUCAAACUGAAUCGGGAGUGCGUGCGCGGCCUGUGGGCAGGGCAGCAGCAGGAAUUGAUUUACCUGCGCAAUCGAAAUCCGGAGCGUGGCAGCAUCCAGAACGCCAAGCAGGCGCUGCGGAAUAUCAUCAACUCGAGCUGCGAUCAGCCCAUUGGCUAUCCCAUUUACGUCUCCCCGCUGACCACCUCCUACGCGGACACCAACACUCAGCUCUGCCAGAUCAUUGGCGGCGCCAUUACGCUGGAGACCAUACGCCAGACGGUGCUGGGCUGGUGGCAUCGCAUACGCGAACGUUGCCGUCAGGGCUGCAGCUCUGGCUCGGCCCUCGAGCAGAACUCUGCACAGCAGCAGCAGCAGCAGCCAGGGGGGAAUUCUCUUCCCUGCAACUUUGGCAGCGGCGGCAGCGUGGUGGGUGCCACAUCCACGGCCACUGCGGUGGGUGCCUCCACUGGCUCGGGUGUGGGUGUGGGUCUGGGUGUGGCGGCUGCGCCACCCGGCACUGCCAGCAGCACUGGCGGUGAGUCAGCGGAGCUGGCGCCCGUCUUCAUAUCUGCCCCGCUGUACAACACGCUCACCGUGAACAGCUACUACGGCGUCAGGUCGGGCAAUGUGCCGGCCCACAAUGGCAGCUACGUGAGCGACAGCCUGGCGGUGGUGCGCGGCGGCCUGGCCGUGAUGCCCGUCAAGCCCACAUCGACGACACUCAUUGCGGGGCUGCUGAAUCGAGAGCGGGAGCGGGAGCGAGAGCGAGAGCGGGACCAGGAGACGGUCACGGCCACUGCCACGGCCACAGCAACAGCAACGGCGAGCACUUCCAGCCAGGGCUCCGCGAUGCGUGCCAGCAGCAGCAGCAGCAGCAGCGGAAUGCGCGGCAGGAGCUUGCUCCAACAGGGGGCCCCCAGCACCAGCAGCAGUCGGGGCAGGGAUCACGAGCGUAGAGCCACGCUGCCCAUAGCCAGUGGCGAGGCGCCAGGAGCAGGCACCGCAUUGGAGGCGAACAAGGAACUGCUGGCCCUGCCACACACGGCCCAGCUGGAGCACGAGCAGAGUCCACGCAGCGGCGGCGGUAAGUUAUCCUCCUCCUCGGGCAGCCUGGGACUGGCCAUUGGCAACAUAAUCACGACCCCAGGCGACUAUCCACGCAAGACCAAGGGACCCAUUUGCCUGACAGCAGCACCGCUGACCAGUGGAGUGGAGUCGCCAGCAGUUGUGCCUGUGCCAGCAGCAGCACCAAUGGCUGGCUCGGGGCAGACCAGAAAGCCGCGCAUUGAAAUCUUCAAGAAGGUCAUAAUUGUGGAUGAAACGGGGAUCUACGACUGCUUGGACGUGAUUGGUGCCGUUGUGUGGCCCAGCGAGCUGAUGCGCAACAAUGGCGGCCGCUUGUCCUGGAAGGACUGGGAGCCAAGCGCUGGCAUGGUCGGGCAUGUGGUCCACUGCUGGGCGCCCAAUCACAAGGAUGUGCGCUUCCGCUCGCACGUCAAUCGUUGCGUCUAUCUCGUGGAGAUUGGGGAGCACUACGUGCCCGUGGAGGAGCUGGGACUGCGCGAAUAUAAUCAGAUUAUGAGCAGCUCCGACGAGAUGGCAAAUUCGCGGCGCAGCUCCAUCCAGCGAGAGUUUCAUGAGUACAACAUGCAGCUGAAGCUCUCCGGGCUGACGCCCAUCAUCGGUGGACGUUCAACUGGAGGUGGAGCAGCUGGAGGAGCAGCCACUUGCAAGGCCAAAAUCCGUGCCGUGAGCAGCAGCAGCUCUGAGGAUGAGAGCACACCCUCGGCCUCCGGCGGCACAGCCGCGGGGCCACACUCUGCCAUUGAUCUGAUGAACUUCAACACGCUGCUGAGCAUGUGGAAGCUGAUGGCGGAUAAACGGAAGCAGGCAGCGGCUGCUGGGACUGGCUCGGGCUCGGUCCCAGAUGCCUUCGAGGGCUUCGAUUAUGUUGGCGAGCUGUCGCCGGAGCUGCUGCAGAAGCUGGACGAGGCAGCCGCUGCGCAGGAACAGCAGGAGGAGAAGAGCGAAGAGGAGGCGGCAGUGCCGGCAAUGGAGGAACACUCUCACUUGGAGCUGAACGUUCCCCAGGAACAGGUGGAACUGCAGCUGCAACUGGAGGAGGUGACUGUGGAGUGUACAGCGGAAGCGGAGGCAGAGACAGAGACAGAGGCAGAAGAACCAUCCAGUGGCGCUGCCUCCAGUCUGGGAGUGCCUGCCGCAACAGAAGAAAGCGAAGAAGACGAGGAGGAAGCAGAAGCAGAAGCAGAAGAAGCGAAGAGUUGCGCCUCACAAAUGGAGGAAUCGGAGGAGAAGGAAGCAACGCAAACGGAGUCGGAGGCGGCACAAACAGAGUCGGACACAAAGAGCGAUGAGAUGGAGUUGGAGUUGGAGUUGGACAAUGGAGAUGGGACAACAGUCUAGGACAGAUAUUUCGACAGCUAAAAGGAUUUGCAUUUGUUUGCCAAGCAGACACACAGACGCUCCACGCUACGCCUACGCUUCAGCCUCCCUUAAUACAUAUCACAGAGAGAGAGAGAGAGAGAGAGAGACAAAGAGAGGGAGAGUAAGAGCGAGAGCGCGUGGAGUAGUCCCAGCCAGGAGCGAAAUCGAUGCGAGAGCAAAUUGAGAAAGCAAAAAACACUUCCAAGAAAUCAAAGUUAAAUGUUUAUAAAACGACUGCGUUUAGUGUUAAAUUGUAUGUGUGGGUAAAUCGAGUGUAAAUAUUAACAUAAUAGAUAUUCUUCAUAUUUGAUAAAUAUAUAAAUGAUAUAAAGGAUAUAGGACAUAGGACAGACAUCAAUAUUUGCAUGUGUAUAACCCCCACAACUUAUUAUUACCAUUAUUAUAGAUAGAAAUAAUCCAUAGAUUACCCCAUAGAUAAAACUAGAUUUAGAUAUUACAAGGGAUAGAGCGAAGGACUCCCCUGUGCGUGUGUGUAUAUAUAUACAAAAGGUUUGAUUAGCUUUUUCACCAACAACAUAACUCGAUUUAAACCCUUAGAUAUUGCUUAGGCUACAAAUUACAAACUAUAACUAUAUGUUACAUAAAUAUGUACAUAAUAUGUACAUGUACAUGUUGCAUACACCAACAAAUUUACAAUAAUUAUGGAUUUUGAAUUAUUAAUUAGAAAUUGUACAAGAGCAAGGAAGCGAGAGAGAGAGAGGAUCAGCAGCAAUAAUUCUAAAGAAAUACCAACAAAAAUUACAAUUUUUAGUAUUACAAAAGGAAAACAUGUUUAAAAAAUAGAAUGUAAAACUUUACAUACAUACAUACCUACUACGUAUAUAGCAAACAAAACAAAAGGGAAAAAAAGCAAAAGAGGUGGAGACCGAGGCAGCUCCAGCUACCAUACCUGAAGCCCCGUAACUAAGUAAUUGUUAUAAAACAACAACACAAAACCAAAUGCUUCUCAUACAUUACAUUACAUUACAUACAUAUGUAUGUAUGUAUGUAGUUUUUUUUAUUAUUAUUAUUAUUAUUGUUCUUCCCUUGCUAGCCAAUAUAUUCUUCAAAACUAAACAAAGAAUUUAUAUACAUACAUAAUACAUACAUACAUUAUAUGUAGUUUAAACUUUAAUGUUAAAGAACCAACCGCAAAGCUAACCCAAAAUAGACAAGCGAUUUGUAAACAUCAAAAAAACAAACUAAG